AUGAACCGCAACACUUUCCUGUCUUGGGACGAUCGGCGAGAUAGCGGCAUACCGUGGUUUGAUAUAAACGAAAAGGACGCGAUCUUCGAUAUGCUUCGGCAGAUGCUCUCAUUCAGACCUGAGAAUUGCCCUACCACCAAGGAAAUUUUUGAGUCAGAAUGGAUGGUAAUAUGGGCUCUGCCUGAAAAUGGCAAGAUCUCUGAUAAUGUAUGA